UCAUCUUGCAUGUUUUGCAGCGCCGUAUUGGAGGCGUGUGAUUUCGCCCUGCCAGCUGCAGAAAAACUCUUGGAGUUGGGCAUGGAUUGGAAAGAGGUGUUGAAGCUCAUCCCGAAAGCCACCUGGUGUCAUCGUUGGUUGAAAACCCUGGGUCUCAUGUACGCGGCCAAAUACGAAAACGCGUUGAAAGUGUUAGACUCGUGUCCAAUAUUCUCUGGUUCGCCGGAAGGAAAAGCUUUGAGAGGGAAAAUAUUCGUCAUGCAAGGCCGUUACGAGGAUUCCAUAACGCAUUUUGAAGAUGCGAUCGCGAAAAAACCAACUCAUUUGCGCCACACGGACACUUUGGCGCGGAUGUACUGCAUGUUCAGCUCGUUCAAAUUGGAUCAAAUGGCUGGUGAACUCGACAAAAUCACUGAGCGUGUACGAAACGUUGCACCGAACUCAGUCGAAUCGUAUGUGUGCUUGGCGUAUCGGGCAGUCGUACAAAAGAGGUACGAAUUGGCGGCGGCCCUUGCUGAGAAGGCGCUGAAAAUGGAUCCUUACGGGAUUGAAACGGCCCUGUUGAUGAGGAAAUGCAUUGUCGAUCCAACAAAACUGGACAAAGCGGAGCUUGUACUGAAGCGAGCCAGGAGGGCACACAUGACCUGUUUCGAUAUCUACGAUCAGUUGAUGGAUAUUUAUACUUCGACGGAAAGAGUCAGUGCGGCGGCUGCUUUGUCUAAGGAAGCAACGAAGGCGUUUGGAGUGACAGCCAGAACAUUGCACUUGGAGGCCAUUGUUUUGCGAGCAGCUGCUGAGAAUUCCGACGUGGAGACUGACAACAGUCUGUAUCGACGAGCUGCUGCGCUUUUGGAGAAGUCGAUAGAUCUGGACUUUUAUUAUGUUCCUGCUUACGUGACUUUGGUUGAAAUCCGACGCGAGUUGGAAAUGGAAGAAGAAAAUAUGGAGCUGCUGGAGAACGUGCAAGUGGAACUGCAUGCGAACGAAAUCUACCGUGAACUCGGAAUAACGUACGUCAACUUAGAUCGUCACCUGGACAAAGCCAUUGCGGCUUUCCACAGGGCUCUCAGACUGAAUCAGUUUGACAUGGUGGCCGUGAGCUCUCUGCGAAAAUUACAACACUUGAGCAACGUUACCCCGUUCACUGCCGAGUUGCGAAACCUGCUGAAUCGAAUUGAAACGGCGACGAGGGAAGAAGAAGAGGAAGAGACGGCAAAGAAUCAGACUGAUGAACAGAUGUCGGGUGCUGAAAACAGUGCUGCGGAUGAUUCGCAGCCCUGGUCGGAAGAUAUGGAGUCUGAGCAGGAAAUGAGUGUGGAUUGA